GUGAUCAUAAUUUGUAAAUGUUUCAUAAAAAUUAAAAUUAUUUGUUUAAAACGUUCAAUUUCCUAAUUUUCUUUAUCCGCGCCGUGCGCUACGAAGACCCCCACACACGGACAACAGAUGGUAGAUUAGACCCGUCUGUCAUAUGACACAACAAGAGCAGCCAGACACUAGAGAGGGUAAACGAAACUGGUGAUCAGUGAUCACAAGUUGUAGUCUGGGAAAUGGCCGUAAAUAAGCAAGGAGAAUGCUCCUCUCUGAUCAAGCAAAUAAGUGAUGAAGAAGCACACCAAGAAACACAAAGUGACAGACGUCACAGUUGCUGGAAAGAUCAAAUUGAUGAAAAGUGGUUGACGGACGAAAAAGUAUCUUCUUUAUCUAAAAACCAGCAAAAAAAGUUGCUAAAAAAGAAACUAUUUCAAAAAACACGCUUACAAAAACGAAAACAAGAACGAAAGCGUAAGAAGGAGAAACGUGCAGAAUUAAGAGAGGCUGGCUUACCUCUGCCAAAACGAAUGAAAAGAAAAGAUAUGAUAGGUGUUAAAUUCAGUGAAAUUACAGUAGGUAUUGAUCUUGAUUAUUAUGACUUAAUGAAUGAGAAUGAUUUAAGAAUGGUUGUUAAGCAAGUUAAAAACUGUUAUGCCGACAACAGGAGAGUAAAAAACCCAAUCCAGCUACAUCUUACAAGUUUCUGUGGAUCCUUUAAGGAUUUAUUUAUAUCUCUACAGCCUGGUUCUGCUAAUUGGGAUUUAUCGAAGAGUGAAAAGAGUUACAGAGAAGUAUUUACAGGAAAAAAUAUUGUUUAUUUAACUGCUGAUUCAGAUAAUGUUUUGGAAACUUUAGAUGAAAAUUCUGUGUACAUAAUAGGUGGUCUUGUUGACCACAAUCAACAUAAAGGUCUCUGUUACAAACGUGCAAUUGAGAAUGGGAUUUCGCAUGCACAACUGCCAAUAAGUAAGUAUGUAACAUUAAGCACUCGAAAGGUUUUAACAAUUAACCAUGUUUUUGAGAUCUUGCUACAGUUUAAAGAAAUUGGCAUAUGGAAGGAGGCAUUUUUUAAAGUUAUACCAAGACGUAAAGGCAUUGACGAAAUAGAGAAGGGAGACAAACAAUUUGAAAAUUACAAUAAUACAAAUCAAUUAAUUCCGGAUAACAAAAACCCUGUUGUGCAAGAUUGAUUGGUCACAUUUCUUGCAAGAUUGAUUGGUCACAUUUCUUGACCUUAGCUAGAAAUUGUUAUAUUAAUAUUUAAUACUGCUGUAUAACAUAUAUAAAUUAUUAUUAUUAUGAAGAUCCAAGAGUAAGUUAUGUACACAUUUUCCAAUAAAGCGUUGUGUUUUAAAUUGUUUUGUUCUUUACAAUAAGUUGCAAUCAAUUAGCUGAAAGGGAAUACAAAGUUAUAAAUAAUGUAAAAGCUCAAAAACAUUGCUUAAUAAUCUUUAGAAAAUUUCCAAAAGUUCUUUUCUUUCUUAAAAUGUUUACAUUUUAAGGUCUUGAUAUUUAGCUAUUUUGCAUGCAUUAUAAUGGCCCUGCAGGAAUUGUCACUAUAUAUGUCCUAUUGUGUAAUUUUUGACCCGUAGAGGAAUAUGGAUUCAACAUUAUUAUCACCUAGGCUUCCCGAGUAAGUUGCUCCGGAUUGGGCAUGGAUAUUGCUUCACUAUCAUCAAAACCUUUGUUUUUGAGAUUUUAAAAUAUAGGUCCAUAAUAAGUGUAUACGCCCACCAAAGAAGACACUUUUAUGGGAAGAAAUUAUUACAGUACUUAUUUUUACAAUUUG